CACACACUAAAUCCAUGCGUAUAUGAACCGCACUGGUAAGGUAACCGGGCACAUGUCGGGAGGGGGCGGGGGACAUUAUUCUACAUCGCAUCACACGGCGUUACAUGGCGUCUUUUCCAGCGACGCACUUGCUCAUAAUUCCAGUUAUUUCUCUAUAGGCUCUUGCAUGUUUUGACUUGCAGGCACAGAUUUCGGUCUGUCAUCACUGCGGACACACUGCAACAUGCACUGAUGCGCGGGCGAAGGCUAUGGGUUCAGGUGCAUCCUGGUCCUGGCGAAUUAUUUAUCAAAAAUUACCAUCAUCGGAGGUAUUUCAGCACCGCACAGAUAUGUGUAAGAUCUACGGUAAAUAAAUGAAGAGCACGAUGUGGCUUUUCCUCAAGAAUGAUUCCUUAUGGAGAGAAGACCUAUAAUUUUAGGACUGACAUUCUUGUAGUAACAAAAAGAAGAACCUGCAACGUACCAUCAUUUUACUCUCUGGAUAUAAGCAAAUCUGUCAGGCCAGAUUAUGCCAUCUUCAACAACUUACAGAAUCCUACGACCCCUCCUGCUUGGUACCUUUUUACUGGGAUGCUUUGUGACGUUGUUUUUAAUGUACAUCAAACCAUCCACAAGUUGGUUGUCAGGCCCCGUCGAGUCAGAAACAUCCACAUCCAAAGUGAAAAGUCUCCUUACCAACAGAAGUGAACAAAACCAGACCACAGUCCUGGUCUGGCUUUGGCCUUUCGGAGAAACCUACGAUCUGAAUGUCUGCAGUUCUUUGUUCAGCAUCGAUGGCUGCUUCAUCACUGCCGACCGAAACCUUUACAACAAAUCUGACGCUGUCGUCAUACAUCACAGGGACAUCAGCAGCGACCUGUCCAACAUGCCCCCUGCGUACCGGCCUAUUUUGCAAAGAUGGAUUUGGAUGAACUUUGAGUCGCCGUCACAUUCAUCUCAGUUACCUGGUAUUGAAAACCUGUUUAAUUUAACUCUUAAUUAUCGGCAGGACGCUGAUAUACAAUUGCCUUAUGGAUCGAUUGUCGCAGCACAAGGAGAGGAGGACUUUGUACCACCGAGCAAGAACAAGCUUAUCUGUUGGAUAGUCAGCAACUGGAACCCAGAUCACGUAAGGGUGAAAUACUACAAUGAACUAUACAAACACAUUGAGGUCCAUGCAUACGGACAAGCAUUUGGUGAGUACAUUUCCGACCAGGACUAUUUCCCGACAAUUGCGAGCUGUAAAUUUUACUUGGCAUUCGAGAACUCGAUUCACAAAGACUACAUCACCGAGAAAUUGUACAACCCUCUUUCCGUUGGCACGGUACCUGUUGUGCUUGGACCCCCGAGAGAGAACUAUCAGAACUUUGUACAGGGAAAUGCUUUCAUCCACGUCGAUGACUUCCCCUCGCCGAAGGAGCUGGCUGAAUAUCUGCUGUUCCUUGACAAAAACGAAGAGCUUUACCUGAAGUACUUUGACUGGCGUAAACAUUUUAAAGUGAAAAAGGCGUACUUUUGGGCAGAACACACAUGUCUCGCUUGUGACUACGUCAGAAGGCACAAUGAAUACAAGACAAUUAACAAUCUUGACAAAUGGUAUUGGGUAUAGUCCACACCCAAAUCUCUGCUAAAGUUGCAUGACAGAAGAAACUUCAUGUAACUUAAUUUAAAUGAAACAAUUAUUUUUGUAAACGCCCCAAAGUAGUUGUUAAUUUAUUUUGCGCUUGAUUUUGUUUAUACAAAGAUGUCGAAAAUAAUGCAUUUAUCAUGCAUUUAAAGUUGAUAAAAAUCAUUGGGUUUUUUUAUUUCAGCAUUUUAUUGUAUCUGAAUUUUAGAAAAAUGACCAAAAUGUAUUUAAAUUCAAUCCUAUAAAUUUAAACCAGUUUUCUAGGUACGUCGAACUGGAAGUACUACUGAGAAAAUGUUUAUUUAAUGAGAACAGAGCACUUUCUAAAAACAGAUAUUUAUGCUUUAUUUAUACCAUCGGUUACUGUGUACAUGUUAGUGAUAGAGUCAUCUAUGCAGUGUUUACAAAACUUAUGUUGUGAAAAAUGUUGUACUGUAAAUGUAAUGUGUUUAGUAUGUGUUUUGAGAAGACAUGCCUUCCAUUUCAUGGUUUUGUAUGGAUGUUUUUCGCAAUCAUGAAGCGCUCAUAUUUUUGAUUAUGACAUCAUAGUGAUCAACGUAAUGUAUCGCUGUCAUCACAUUUGCUACUGAAAAACAAAUAUGCCAGCAGUGGGUCAUUGGUGAUAAUAUUUCACUGUACUAUGUAACUGCUGAUGAUAAUACCACCGUUCAUUAGCUUACAUGGCUUGGAUAUGUGUCAAGGUACUGUAAAGUUAUGUUUUUUAAAUGUCAUAUUACCUUUGUUAACAGACAGAUACACGUAUUUAAGAUGAAUUUCGAGGAAUGGUGGACAUAUAGACCUUCCAAAUGUUGCCAAAUGAUUAUGCUCCGAUGUUUGAGACAAAUUUAUCUGUAAUGUGAAGGGCAAAAGUUGCCAUCUUGUUUUUGUCAGAAAGCAGUGCUCCCCUUUCAGAUGCAAGUUUAAAAGACUUGUUUGCUGCCAUGGGUUUCUUUCGUAAAAAAGAGAAGCAUCUCUGAUCUUUUACUCUGGGAUUUACACAUCCACCUUUCUCAGACCUGCUUUCAUUUCCCAGUGAAAGACUGUUUGUGCUUACGUAAAUAAAUAAGAGAGUUUUAGUGAUAUUGACUAUUAAGAGGACAACACGCUCGACUGUGUUUUGCAUUGUUGAUACUCUUUACAUUUACACAUUUGGCAGACGCUUUGGAUAAGCAACUUACAUUGCAUCAUCCUAUUUGUAUUUGAGUAAUCCCUGGGAUCGAACCCAUGACCUUGGCAUUGCUAGCGCCAUGCUCGAACCACUGAGCUACAGGAAAGCUGUAUGGACAUGCACAAUGAAUCAAUAAUAUUUGGACCUGAUGUUUGUUUGAGGUCAUUUACAGGUCCAAUUACUCAUAAGCACACAACACAGUUGUUGUUUUGUCUCUGUCCUUCUGCGCAUUUGAACACUUUCUCCAUGAAUCAUCAUCUGUGAUGAAAUACACAAUGCUUGUGUUUUUUAACUUUUGUAUUCAUAAGGCACCAUCAGAUGAUUUUAACAAUGUCGUUAAUGCAUUAUCUGCACUGUUUAACACUGUUUAAUGUGCCGGACUUUUACAUGAAUUGUGGAAAAAGGAGAAGAUGUGGUCAUGCAGGCCACCCACCACACAUCUCAGAUCAGCGUUUGUUUGAAGAUAAUCGGUUUGCUGGGAACGUUCUUUAUGCAUUGUAAAUAGCCGUAUUGUUGGAUGAUCUCAAACCCGUAGCGAAUGCCGUGGGUACGAUGCACUGAAAUGAGUUGAGUAAAGUAAGCCCUGAGCCUUUGCACCAAGGAAGAAAAGACAAGUCCGGAGACAAAGACGGCUGUGUUACGGAGAGGCAGAAAUCUGUAUAUGGAGAUCUGUACUUUUAUGGGAUUAAUCUUCUUGCUGCACUGACGCUGAGAGGAACUUCACGUUUUCUCACUCUUUAAUGAUUUAUUGAACCGCUAACACGUCAGACGGACUCAAAUCAAAGAGGUUUUCGAAGAAAAAAAUGACCUGUGAAAUAGGUCAUUGUACGUAAGUGAAUCAGAGAUUGCUCAUUUGCUUACUGACCAUCAUUAUUGACUUGUAUUGUUUUGUCCUCUCUAUUUCUCCUGUGUACAAAUGUUUGCUGUGAGCUCUUGGUACCCUUUAAAACAGUCUUUGCAUUAUGAGUGUGUUAGUGGUGUCUGACUCACAGCUCCUGCUGACUCAUACAUGUAGGCUGGUGGCACAGUCGCCAACAUGGAGUACGAUAUCUCCUCUAUGCAUUAUGGACUCAAAUGCAAAAUGACCCACAUUCCUGUUGUGCUGAGGAACUCGAGGGUGUAUAGAACUGUUCAUUGCAAACGUUAAUUGCCAAAACAUUGUUAUUUGCCAAAUGAGUUACUGUAGAUGUCUGUUAGUGAAAUAAGGAGACAAAAAUAAAAUGAGAUUCACAGAACGC